GAGGGAGGAGGGAGGAGGAGAGAACAGGCGGCCGGCGGCGCGGGGGGGAGGGGGCCCGGUCCGGGAGUGCGGGAGGCGGUGGUAGAGGGAGGUGGUGGCAGCGGCUAGCGGACUGAAGUCUUAACCCGGUCGAAGCGGACACUUCUGUGCAGCGAGGCAGUAGGAGUACCGAACACCAGAGGCAGCACCGGGAUCUUCGGCUUAGGGGAGGGGGCGCCGGACCGGGAGGAGGGGAGGGGGCGAUGCUGGAAGCCAUGGCGGAACCCAGUCCCGAAGAUCCACCUCCGACUCUUAAGCCAGAGACUCAGCCACCAGAGAAACGGCGGAGAACAAUUGAAGAUUUCAACAAAUUCUGCAGUUUUGUCUUGGCUUAUGCUGGUUACAUCCCCCCUAGCAAAGAGGAAAGUGACUGGCCAGCCUCUGGCUCUAGCUCACCAUUGCGAGGUGAGAGUGCAGCAGACAGUGAUGGCUGGGACUCGGCCCCUUCAGAUCUUCGUACCAUCCAGACCUUUGUUAAGAAAGCAAAGUCAUCCAAAAGAAGGGCAGCUCAAGUAGGUCCCACCCAUCCAGGACCCCCAAGGUCCACUUUCUCUCGUCUGCAGGCCCCUGACAGUGCCACCCUGCUUGAGAAGAUGAAGCUCAAGGACUCUCUUUUUGAUCUGGAUGGGCCCAAAGUGGCAUCUCCACUAUCCCCCACAUCCCUAACACAUACCUCUCGGCCCCCUGCUGCUCUUACCCCAGUGCCCCUUUCUCAAGGGGACCUCUCCCAGCCUCCUCGAAAGAAGGACCGAAAGAACCGAAAGUUGGGACCAGGAGGUGGGGCUGGCUUUGGGGUGCUCCGAAGGCCUCGGCCAGCUCCUGGGGACGGGGAAAAGAGGUCUCGUAUCAAGAAGAGCAAGAAGCGGAAGUUGAAAAAGGCAGAGCGGGGUGAUAGACUCCCACCUCCUGGGCCUCCUCGGGCACCCCCCAGUGAUACAGACUCUGAAGAGGAGGAGGAGGAGGAAGAGGAGGAGGAAGAGGAGGAGGAAGAGACGGCAGCAGUAGUUGGGAGUGAAGCCCCAGCCCCUGUGCUCCCAACGCCCCCUGAGGCCCCUAGGCCCCCUGCUGCAGUACACCCUGAAGGACCCCCUCCCACAGACAGUGAAGGCAAAGAGGUUGGUAGCACUGAAACAAGCCAAGAUGGAGAUGCCAGCUCCAGUGAAGGCGAGAUGCGGGUCAUGGAUGAGGACAUCAUGGUAGAAUCAGGUGAUGACUCAUGGGAUCUGAUCACAUGUUACUGCCGAAAGCCCUUUGCAGGGCGCCCUAUGAUUGAGUGCAGCCUGUGUGGGACGUGGAUCCACCUCUCCUGUGCUAAGAUCAAGAAGACCAAUGUCCCUGACUUCUUUUAUUGCCAGAAAUGCAAGGAACUGCGGCCGGAGUCCCGGCGGUUAGGGGGGCUUCCCAAAUCGGGAGAGCCCUGACAUCAUCAUCUUCUGUAGGCUGGAACUCCCAAAUACUAUGACGGGAACAGAACUUCAAGGUUCUCAGUCUAUACCCUGGAGUGUGGAUAUUGUCCCCACUUCAAGGCAGGAAUUCCCAAGGGAGACUUGUUUGGAAACGAGUGUCUUCGCUCCUAGCCUUUACUUCCUCACCUGGUGGACUUGAAUUUGGACCUAUUGUGGUUGAGGGUGGGAGGCCAUCUGGUCCAGUAGACACAUAAUCUCUCUCCCUUGGACCUGCCACCCCUCACUUUGUGGACCAGGGUUUGAAUUGGAAUAGGACGGUUGUCUAUAAAACUAGUGUAAAUAUAGCACUCCUUUCCCUCA